GUUGCAUUCAAGGGCUGGAAACGCGACCCGCCGAGCUGAGCGGCCGACGCCGAGAAACCCACCCUUCCCGCAGCCUGCAGCCGGACGAACCCCUUCGGGGGCCCGUUCUGGCACGGAACAACACACAGCGGAGCUCAGGGCCUCCGGUCGGCGCACGACCUCCGGGGCCGGACGAUGAUCGCCCGGGCGAGUUUCUGUUCCGAACUGAAUGAGUGGCGAGGCUGAACUUUCCCGAGGUCGCCGUGGGCGGACGGAGCGGCGGUUUCCCCCCCUGGAUUCAAACGAGCCACACAGGCUGGUGUCGCCACGUACGACGACGGUCUGCGGGACGACAAAAGGAAAGCAGCAGCACGGCCGAGCAGCAAAGUGGAACACGAUGAGAGGCCGGCAAUGAUCGGCUUGGCGGAAAGUUGGGAGAGACGGCGCAUUAAAGGAAUAACUUCCCAAAAGUGAUGUUUUUGGAGCGCAGUACGGCACGACGAGUUCACGUCAGCGUCACUUAGCGACACCGAAACUACUUCUCGCAGCCGCUCGGCGUGUAAGUCAGACUUAGUAAAAUCAUGUGCGAAGUGGCCAUGGAGGAGCAGGAGCGGGAGAUCUCGGACAUAGACCCGCAGGAGUGCCCGUCGGUGGCGGGGAACGGGCUCAUGCUGGUGGUCAACCACAGCCGGGUGCGUCCUCCCCUCAGCGUCGUGCUGGCCACCGUGCUCUACUGCGCCGAGUUCGUCACGGCCGCCGUGCUGUGCAGCAUGUACCAGAAGACCGACGAUGUCAUCUGGAUGGGCUUCACCAUCGCCUUCAUGCUGCUGCCCGCAGUGCUCAUCCAGCUGACGCUGACGUUCAUUCACAGGGACCUGGGUCGGGACCGGCCUCUGGUCCUCUUCCUGCACCUGCUGCUGCUCGGGCCUGUCAUCAGGUGUUUCGAGGCUCUCGUGGUCUAUUUCAAGGCGGGUAAAAAGGAGGAGCCUUACGUCACCAUCUCCAGGAAGAUCAGUCUAAAGAAAGGGGAGGGGACGCCCAUGGAAUGGGAGAUUGGCCAGUCGGAGCGCAACCUGGCCACCCACAGGAACGCCUUCAAACGCACGGCGGUCAUUCAGGCGUUUCUGGGCUCCACGCCUCAACUGACCCUCCAGCUGUACGCCACCAUCCAGGAGAAAUACAUCCUACCUUUGAGAUUGGCUCUGAUGAUCAUCACCCUGAUCUCCGUCGUAUACGGGGCUGUGGUGUGCAGCGUUCUGGCCAUCCAGAUCAGAUACGACGACUACAAGGUGCGGCUGCGUCCUGCAGCCUACCUGUGCAUGAUCCUGUGGAGGGGUUUGGAGAUUGCCACCCGGAUCUCCACUCUGGUUCUCUUCAGCACGGCGCUCACACACUGGGUUAUCCUUGUGGGCCUGGCUAACCUGCUCUUUUUCUUCUUCCUCCCUUGGGCUGAGUUCUGGGCCAGGAAAGGCUCGCUGACGGAGAACGUGGAGAAAAACUUCUCGAAGCUGGGCACCACGGUGGUGCUGUGCAUGUUCACGCUGCUCUACGCCUGCAUCAACGUCUUCUGCUGGUCGGCAGUGCAGCUGGACCUCUCCCACCGAGAGCUCAUCGAGAGGAAGCAGCGCUGGGGCCGCCUGGCCAUCUACUACUGCGGACGCUUCGUUGAGAAUUUCCUCCUCAUCACGCUCUGGUACUACUUCAAGUCGGACUUCUACGAGUACGUGUGCGCCCUGCUGCUGUGCGUCCAGCUGCUGAUCUGCUACAGCCUGGCUGUGCUCUUCAUGCUGCUCUUCUAUCAGUUCUGCCACCCCUGCAGACGCCUCUUCAAGUACAACGUGCACGACUGCCUGCACUGUGUCUGCUGUCGUAUAGGGAGUCGGGGAGGGAGGGGGAGGCGAGGGAAGCCGCCGCCGCCCUCGUACUCCACUGCAGCCACCAUGGUGCUGGUGCCGGAGGAGCCGCUGGAGCUGCUGGAAUCGCAAAAUUCCCAACCCCUCGACCUCACCGGUCAGCUGGGGGUUCGGGAGACUGCUAUUGUUGAAGACAUGAUGGAAGCAGCCUGAGAGGGGGGCUAUCUGAGGAUUUAUGUUAACAGAGCUGAAGUUCUCUAAUGUAGAAAUGCAUCCUGGGAAUAGCGAGGCGUGACGCUGGCGAUGUAGGGGGCACGAGGCCUCAAGCAGUUUUACAAAAACCAGGAUGAUUUUGUUUUUUGCGAGUAGGCAAGGUGAUUUGUUACAGAACAAACUUUUGACUUUUCUCUUCAGUGCACAAAGCUUGACCCGUUCAUGGUUCUGAGAGGGAUUUAGGUUAACUCCCGAUGUCUUUAGGGCACCGCGGGGCCCUGGUUUUACCAAAGAAUGUCACACGUCCAGAUAUGCAGUGAUGCACAAAGGCUGCCUUGAGAGAGGAGCAGGGGGUCGGGUACAGGACUGAGCCAGGUGUGUGGGGAAACGUGCCAGGUGUGUCCGAAGUGCCCGAAAGACCGACCGGGACGCACCCAGUUUACCUCCUCUUGGAGGUUUUCACACCAUGAAAGGCCCCUUUUGCACAGGUUUGCAUCUGCACUAUACAGACAAGAAAUAUAUAAAUAAAUAAAUAAAUAAAUAAAUAAAACCGAGGGAGGACAAGAACAGGUUACAAGAAGAAUUUAUCUUCCUCAUUCCAACUGUAUAAACCUGCUGUGAUGAAUGCCGUGUGUUGUUCAUUGUCCGGUCUGGUUGCCUUGACUUGAAAAAAAAAAAACGGAAACAGGUUUUAGUUUUAUAAAUAGCCACGAAAAGUGAAUUAUUCAGUUGAAAUACUUACAAAAACCUUUAGGUAAUAUCAGGCAUGUGUCCUUUAAUAAUAAUAAUAAUAAAAGGCUCUACAUAACUGAAGUGCUUUCACAUUUUGCUUAUUUUUAAUGUUUUGUCACUGUUCGUUCAGUGCCUUGACUCCUGCUGUAUUACUUGAAACUCCAAUAAAAAUAAUCUGAUGUGCAAACA